AUGGCAAAACAAAAGGCAAUUGCUCAGAUCUACGGGGAUUGGGAGGAGUCAUACAAUAAGGUGCCGAAACUGCUUCAGGCGCUGCAGAGUUAUUUUUUGGGAACUAUUUGUGAGCUAUGGGUCGUACCGUACUACGACGGGCACCUUCUGGUCCACGACUUGGCACAAGGUGGCAACAGCAAUAUCCUGCCUAUUUCUUUUGCCAUUGUGGAGUUCGAGAGUACGGAGUCAUGGUUGUUCUUCAUUACUAACCUGAGACGCCAUGUUACCCCACAAGAAGGCCUGUUGGUUAUCUCCGAUAGAUCGCAGGCCAUCAAGGCUGCACUCAAUGCCGAUGAUAGUGGUUGGCAUCCUCCUAGGGCAUUCCACGCUUACUGUAUUAGACACAUGGCUGCGAACUUCAUAACUCAUUUUAAGUCAACCGAGGGCAAGCAAUACCUUAUAAAUGCCACUUAUAGUCCAAGAAAGGGAGGGUACGAGUGGUACAUGGAUGCCUUGAGAGGGUUGUCGCCUGGGAUGGUGAACUGGGCUGGCCAUUUCAACCCAGAGAUAUGGCUACAACACUACGACAGUGGUUGGCGUUUUGGUCAUAUGACAACAAAUCUGUCGAAGUGCAUUAAUGCAGUUUUCAAGGGUAUACGGUACUUGCCGAUUUCUUCCAUCGUGCGUAUCACGUACGAACGGUUGCAGAAAUUGUUCGUCACAAAGGGCAGGGAGGCGCAGUCACAGCUGGCUGCUGGAAACCGGUUUUCCCAGAGGCUGAUGGCAGCCAUUGAGAAGAACAGAGAAGGAAUCCCGAACAUGCGUGUUACUCAUUGUGAUCGACAGGCUUCUGCUCUCCACUACCCAUGCCGCCAUGCGCUUGCCAGGUGUGCCGUCGCUAGCAUCGAGUGGGCUCCGUAUGUUCAUCCAGUUUAUAGGCAAGAAGAUGUGUUCAAGGUGUACGAGAUGGAGUUUUCACCGACACCGGAUGAGUCCUUGGGGUCGGAGUGGGAUGGGACACUGCUCCGUCCUAACCCACUCAUGUGCAAGAAGGCUACUAAGAGACCCGUGUCCAGUAAAUUCUGGAAUGACAUGGAUGAGGUCGAGCGACAGGAGAAGCAGUGUGGCCUCUGUAUGCAAGUUGAUCAUACUAGAAAGGGUUGUCCUAAUAAAUCCACGAACGAUGCUUAG